AUGGUUUGCCAUAUUCAUAGAUAUCAUUCUGAUGUAGAAUGCACACCUUUUUAUCAUGACUUUGUAAGUAAAGAGGAAAUUCAUAUUGUGUUGACUGAAAGUGGCAUUAUACCAACAGCGGAAAAUUGUGGUGUAUCGACAAGAACCUAUGAAGAAACACAGAUGAGUAGUCAAAAUAACAGUCAAAGUAGUCAAAGAACCAUUCAUCAGAUAGAAAGUUUGGAGAAAUUAAAUUCAUUUCUACUUUGUGAGGGAUUAGAUACAAUAUCUAUGCCAACAGGUCUAUGGGUCUCAUAUUCCAGGAAAACACAGUUGAGUUAUAUGAAAAAAAUAACUGCAUGCAUCAGAGCAAUUGUAAUGACUAUUUUUGAAGAGGAUGUAGACAUUAUCUUGCAACAGUUAGCAUCAUAUGAUUCCAGUAAUUAUGAAAGCAGUACCACCAAUACAAAUGAAACUGAUACAGAACUUUUAAGAUCACUAGCAGAUUCUUAUUCAAAGGCAGAGUCAUGGCAAAUAAAAAGACAGAUUUUGUCUGUCAUUUCGGUACAAUUAAAUUAUAAUGAGACAGAGCAAUUAAUACCAGGCCUUUCAGUGUACAGAUAUUAUGCAGCUAAGAAACAUUCUAACAAAGAAGGAUGUGGGAUGCCACCCAAGAAUAGAGAAGAUACUCGAAAUAGAAUGGAUCAUGCAAAACUAGAUUCCUUUUUGGACUUUAUAACAUCUUCUCAUGUUAUCAAGGACCUCCCUUUUGGAGAGAGAAAAUUAAAGUUACAAGAUGGUAAAAAAAAUCGAGACUCCCAAUAUAAUCAGAUGUAUGGGGCCAGCAGCAAUAGUUGA